AUGGCUUUCUGGAAGGCUUUGGCUUUUGGUUUUCUAGUAGUAUUCUGCCAUGCCAGUGGGCUCGUGGAUCACCAUCACCGCCACCAUGACAAAGCUGGUGUCCACGCCUUGUUCGUUUUCGGUGACUCCAUCGUGGAUCCAGGCAACAACAACAAUCUCGACACGAUUGCAAAGGCAAACCAUUUGCCGUACGGCUUCAAGUUCAAGGGUCACGAAGCCAGUGGAAGGUUUUGCGAUGGAAAGCUGGCGGUCGAUCUUGUUGCCGAGCACUUGGGACUUCCAUAUCCGCCACCUUACAGCCCAAAUUCCAGCGCUGCCACCCAGGGCAUGAACUUCGGAUCGGCCACCUCGGGGAUUCUCAAUAGCACUGGAAUGCGUCUCUACGACUUGGGCGCACGCAAGUUCGUGGUAGUGGGUAUUCUCAACGUUGGAUGCGUGCCAGCAACGCAGCUGGGAGACAGCUGCACGGAGCUGGGCGAGUGGAUGACGAAGCGCUUCAACGAGCAGCUGCAGACGAUGCUGGAGGAGAUGCGGACGUCGCACCAGGGCUUCACUCCCAUCUACGCAAACGCUGCAGGGAUCAUGGACGAGGUGAUGAGGGAUCCAGCGGCGUUUGGCAUGAGCAACGUUCACCACGGGUGCUGCCCGAGCAGCAGCAUCAUCCCGUUUAUGUUUUGCUACCCCGGUGCGUUCCACUGCAAGGACAGCAGCAAGUAUAUGUUCUGGGAUUUGGUUCAUCCGACCGAGGCAUUCAACACCAUACUGGUGCAAAGGUGGUACAACGGCAGCACCGAGUACGUAUCGCCCAUGAACAUUGCGGCACUUGCGGCGGCUUAG